GUGAGUUUGAGGAAAAAGGUAAACAGCGAGCUGAUGAGACAUGAUUCUGUUGGAGAGACAUUUAUUCAUAAACGAGUGAUGCUGUACCUGCUUUUCUAAUAUGGACGCUGACAUGGAGCUGCAUCCGGAGACUGAUGACCUCCCUCUCAGAGCCAACACUAAACACAUCCUUGUCCGCCAUUAUGUUCUGGAUCUGACCAUUCACUUUGACAGAAACAUCAUCAGUGGGAAUGUGGUGCUGUUUCUGGAGCCCAUUGGAGCAGGAGAAAGGGCAGGGACAAGAGAAGUGGCAGGGGCAGAGGCAGGGGCAGAGGCAGAGGCUGCUGGACAGAGAAGACCUGAUUCAGCUGGAGAUGGAGUGAAGGAGCACAGAGCUUCCAAGGAAACAGCCUCUUCAGUGUCAUGGGAAAGCAGCAGUGACGGGGAAGACUUCACUUUGGUACUGGACUGCUGUGACCUCUCUGUGUCAAAGGUCGAGGAAGUGGACAUAACCUCUGUGUUACAGACAGACAGGGUCACACCUGUCAGCUCUGGGUCCACACUCGCAGACACACUCAUGUCCAUGCCCUCCCAGAGCUGUAGGGUGCAGCACCAGUUGUACUCCCAGUGCAGCCAGGCCCCCUCUGUGCAAGGAGAGGGGCAACUGAGGUUCUACACUGACAGGUGGAGUCUACAGGUGAGGAAAAAAGGAGUGGUCUCAGCAUCCAAGUUCCCGCGUGUUCUGAGGAUCUUCUAUGAGACCAGACCAGCAGGCUGCUCAGUGCGGUGGACCCACGAUCAGGACGACAGAUCUUGUUUGUACACCGCUGGUUCUCCCAUCAACAACCGUGCGCUGUUCCCGUGCCAGGAGCCACCCGUUGCCAUGUCGACGUGGCAGGCAGCGGUAAGGGCUCCUGCUGACUGUGUGGUGCUGAUGAGUGGACAGGCGCAGGCGUUGCCCAGGCAGGAGUCCAGCACAGGCUUCUCAAUCUGGUCUUAUUAUGUGACGAUGCCCAUGCCAGCCUCCACCUUGGCACUGGCAGUGGGCCAUUGGCAGCAGGUCACUGCAGUCCCUCCCUGUGGAUCAUAUUCAGACAGCGCAGGGUCUAUGGACAAAUCCGGGACCGGACCAAGAGAGGGCAGCAGUGAUGCCAGGGGAGACCGGACCACAGUCCCCGAGUUUGCAUUCUGCCACUCUUCCCUGGAAAACGCAGAGCCUACGCUACCCUAUUAUACAGGCCCAUCGGAUGACGGCAUCUCCUGUUGCCAUGGCGACUACCCCUGCCGAUUCACAUUGCAGCAGGCCACGUCCCAGCGGGAGAUUCCACAUCGUGUGUUUGCCCCCAUCUGCCUCCUGCAAAAAGCCCAGCUGGUAUUAAAUCUCCUGCCUCAGUGUUUGGCCACUGCUCACUCUGUUCUGGGAGUUCAUCCAUUUUCUCGUCUUGAUGUUCUCAUUGUCCCUGCUGGGUUCUCCAGUCUGGGCAUGGCCAGCCCACACAUCAUCUUCCUGUCCCAGAGCGUCUUGGGUGUUUCUGAAGAGGAUUCCACGAUGAGUGCAUUGCUCUGUGGGUCCAGGUUAUGUCAUGAGAUUGCACACUCGUGGUUCGGUCUGGUCAUUGGAGCACGGGAUUGGACAGAGGAGUGGAUCAGUGAAGGGUUUGCCACCUUCUUGGAGGAUGUGAUCUGGGCCCAAGCUCAGGAACUCUCGACUCAGGAGGCAGCAGAACAGUCCGAUCUGAAGGCUCUGCUGAGGUGGAGGCGACUUUCAGACGAGCUACGCAACUCACAAGAACAUCUUCAGAUCCUUCGACCAAACCUGGGCAGCACUGGAGCGGUCAGUGAGUCUGGAUCUUCUACAGUGAAAUAUGCCCUCAACCCGGAGAAAACAUUUAUGCAAGUCCAUUAUCUUAAGGGCUACUUCCUCCUCAAAUUCCUGGCCAGUGAGGUCGGAGAGCAACAGUUCAUCGAUUUCUUCCAAGUGUUUGUGAAGAAAUUCCACGGACAGCUCAUCCUCUCUCAGGACUUCCUGAAAAUGGUGCUGUUUACUUUUCCUGACAUUGAGAGAAAAGGCCUCACCCUAAGUUCCAUAUAUGCUGACUGGCUCGAUCAUCCAGGAAUUCCAACGUGGCUGCGUGAUCGGAGCUCUGUGUGGCUUCGAGGAAGCCUGCUGCAAGAAGUCCAAGCCGAGGUUGUAAAAUGGAUUCUCCCCAGCCGGAGUCAUCAGGAGAAGGGCAGAAAGCGGAAGAGACCAGAGACUAUGGUGAACUGCACAAAGUUGUCCCCGGACCAGAUGGUGAUGCUCCUUGAACUCCUGCUGGAAGAGGAGACGCUGGACCACACCACAUUGCUUCAUCUACACAAAGCCUUCAGUCUGCAGAGACAAGACGCUGAGGUCAGACAUCGCUGGUGUGAGCUGGUUGUGAAACAUGGCUUCUCUCGGGCAUACAGAGACGUGGAGCACUUCCUUGUUCAUGACCAGGCCCUGGGGGUAUACCUUUAUGGAGAGCUGAUGGUCCAAGAAGACGCCCGACAGCAAGCUCUGGCUCGCCGCUGCCUCACGCUGGUCAGAGAGGAAAUGGACCCAUCAGCACGCAGAGUGGUGGAGGAGAUGGUGCUUUAGACAGGUUUCUAACUCCAGAUGGAGAUGACAGACGCUUGGCUCGAGUGCUCCCCUCAUUUUGCUCAGCAGAAGAAGAGGGGACGCCACAAUGUGAAUGUGCCCACGCACGCCCGCCUCUGCAAACCUCUGCCAACUGUUGCACACACAGCACCAGAGCAUCAAGGCCUGUCAUUCUUAAGGGUGAACUAUUGCUGAGGGAAACAAACGAUAAACGAUAAUAGUGAAAGGCAUACUGGCUAAAUUUGCAGGUUUCUCUUCAAAAACCAACCAUAUGUGCUGCCUCCAGUGGCCACUGCAAGAUAAUGUACUAUCUUAACAUCACACAGUACAGCCCUAAUUAGAGCCAAGUGUUUUUGAUAACAAACACUUAGCUGCAGUUAGACCAAUCACACUGUACCUACUCUGUAAUGUCCAGACCUCGCCCCUCUACCCGUCUCACUAACCGCCCCCCCCGGUAUUGUCUGUUAAAAGCUUUCUUUUACUUGGAAGUUGGCUCUUUUUCUGUCUCUUCACUGGGCCUUUUCCCCUUCGAAAAGAAACUUUCCAAAGACGUCUGUUUUUUACUCAUUUUGCUAAUUUGUGGCCACUCAAGUGACGGAAAUGUAACUGAGAGACGGUCAUUUUUCAAAAUAAAAGAUUUUUCAAAAUAAACGAUUGUUCAGACUCAGGUAAUAAAUACAACGGAAAUAAUUAAUUAUUUCUUGGAUGUCCGGUGGCCCAGUACCAAUUGAUCCAUGGACCGGUACCGGUCCACGGCCCGAUGGUUGGGGACCACUGCCCUAAACCACGCCCCUCCUCCUCCUUAUUCUCCCUUUUAGUUGUGAAGGCCCACUUUGCCAGGCAAAUCCAAAAAAAAUACCUCUUUGAAUUUUUUUAUACAGAUCGAUAUCAGUCUCGUCCCUACGUCCUCUGUUUGGUAUCAAACCCGGUCAAAUGUGAUCGUCCAAUCAGAUCUGUUUGUUUCAGUAACACAUGUGAAAUGAAGGAAUUAUGACUUUCAAAUAAAAUCAAAUGUCUCUCACCUCAGAUUAACAGACUUUAGGCUUCACUCAAUGAUUCUGCAGAAAACCGCCAUGUUUUCAGCCCCAUUUGAUUUUUUUUCCUUUACAAUUUCUGAUACCUCUCCCUGAUUGGCUAAUCCACCUGUCAAUCACACCCAUUUGAAAACAGGGAGGUUCACCAGUGACCAGACUCACAUCUUCGUAAAGCAUUGGCGAAAUGUGUGUUCUGAAUCCAGGCCAACCUUUAAAAUGGAUUAUCCAAAAAAAAAACAAAAAAAAAAACAAAACCCAUUCUUAAUUUACAAUAUAUAUUUAAAAAAAGAAAUAUCAGAAUGAAACACUUUCAUAGUUAGUUGGUAUCUGUAAUGGAUUAUUUCAGAUGAGUUUAAAUCUGGAGCUCAAACAGAACAGAAAAAAAUCAAAAGGUUCCCCAGCAGAACAAAGAAAAUUACAAAUAAUAAAACAUUUCAACCCCUAAAAAUGAUCUCUUGAUACUUUGCCUACAGUAAGCAUCACCUCCCAGGGAAGGUGGAUGACCAGCUGCACUACUUUGUCUGAAGCUCUGUCACUCAAAUUAGACUUUAACCUGAUCUUUGUUUUAACAUAGUCUGACCAUAAAUCAUUGACUUAGCUGAACUACAACAGGUUACAGAAAUACCUUGAAUCUGACAAAAGUAAUAAUAAAUUUAAAAAAACUCAUGAAACAGGACAAAAAUAUUAUUUUGUUGCACAAUCUUUUGAGGCAAUCACUGCAAUCAAAUGAGUCCUGUAACUGUCAAUGAGACUUCUGCACCUUUCAGUAGGUAUUUUGGCCAACUCCUCAUGAGCAAACUGCUCUGGUUGUCUCAGGUUUGAAGGGUGGCUUUUCCAGACAGCACGUUUCAGCUCCUUCAAAAGAUGCUCAAUAGGAUUUAGGUCAGGGCUCAUAGAAGGCCACUAGAAUAGAAUAGUCUUAGUCUUUUUUGCGUGUUUUUAGCUGUGUGUUUUGGGUCAUUGUCCUCUUGCAAGACCCACGACCUGUGACUGAGACCAAGCUUUCUGACACUGGCCAGCACAUUUCUCUCUAGAAUUCCUUAAUAGUCUUGAGAUUUCAUUGUACCCUGCACAGAUUCAAGACACCCUGUGGCAGAUGCAGCAAAGCAGCCCCAGAACAUAACAGAGCCUCCUCCAUGUUUCACAGUAGGAACAGUCUUCUUUUCUUGAUAUGCUUCAUUUUUCCCCUCUGAAUAUAGAGCUGAUGUGCUUUGGCAAAAAGUUCCGUUUUUGUCUCAGUAGGACAUUCUCCCAGAAGCUUUGUGGCUUGUCAACAUGUAGCUUGGCAAAUUCCUUGGCUUUUUUUAUGAUUUGUUUUCAUCAAUGGUGUCCUCCUUGGUCGCCUCCCAUUAAGUCCACUUUGGCUCAAACAACAGAUGGUGCGAUGUGACACUAAAGGUGAACUUCAAGCUCAACAGAACAUCAAUCUCUUUAGAAGUUUCUGGGCUCUUUCAUUACCAUUUAUAUUAUCCGUCUCUUUGAUUUGUCAUCAAUUUCUCUCCUGUGUCCACGUCCAGGGAGGUCAGCUACAGUCCCAUGGAUCUUAAAUUUCUGAAUAAUACAUGCAACUGUAGUCACAGUAACAUCAAGCUGCUUGGAGAUGGUCUUAUAGCCUCUAUCUUUAACAUGCUUGUCUAUAAUUUUCUUUCCAAUCUCCCGAGACAACUCUUUCCUUUGCUUCCUCUGGUCCAUGUUGAAUGUGGUAGACACCAUGUCACCAAACAUCAGGCCUAUAUAUAGGCCCACUGACUAAUUACAAGAUUGUAGACACCUGUGAUGAUAAUUAGUGGACACACCUUGCAAUAACACAUCCCUUUGGUCACAUUAUUUUCAAUCAGGGGUACCAUCAUUUUUUUCCAGGUCGGUUUCAUGAGUUUAUUUUUUUAAGCGUGUAUGUAUUAUUACUUUUGUCAGAUUCAAGUUAUUUCUGUGACCUUGAGUUGUGAGUUUUUCUUUCACUAACCGAAGGGUACCAACAAUUUUGUCCACGUGUGAUGCUCAAUGCUCAGGACUUUGGGUUUUAAUAUGGUCUAUAGUAUCUAGUAUGUUCAUAGUAUGGUGUAACAAAUCAGGAAAACUUUAAGAUCAAGAUUCAAAAAAUUUGUUUUGAAAAUUCCAAGUAUUGUCCAUAUACAGUGAGGCAAAUAAGUAUUUGAACACCCUGUGAUUUUGCAAGUUCUCCCACUUAGAAAUCGUCUGAAAUUUUCAUCUUAGGUGCAUGUCCACUGUGAGAGACAUAAUCAAAAAAAAAAUUAAAAAAAUCUAGAAAUCACAUUGUAUGAUUUUUUAAAAAUACUUUAUUUGUAUGUUACUGCUGCAAAUAAGUAUUUGAACAUAUUUCAUUUAAAGAGGGGGGAUUUUAUGUCUAUGGGGUAUGAAAAAGGGAGCCUUGUACAAAAUCUUGCAGCUUACUGUAAGGAGGGUUCGAUUAGGACCCGGGAGAGAUCACUAGAUUAACAUGUAUUGACAUCUAAAACCUCUUCAAGCAUGUUUUUGAUGAGAGAACAACAUUAUAACAUGAUAGAAAGCUUUAAAAAAAAAAAAUCGUUUUGGAUAAUACCCUCUCUUUAAUAUCAUAUUGCGAAACAUUACAAGUAGAGCAGUCACAUCAAGCAUGGAUUGAUUUUAAAUACUAUGCUCUUUAAACAAAAUGUGAAUUACAUGAAUAUUUAAACAAAACAUUAGCUUUUUUUUAUACUUGUAUGAAACAAUUGUACCCUUUUUGAAAUGUGCCACCAACUCAUUGAAAUAAAACAUGUGGACUAA